UUUAUUUAUUUACUAUUCUAGUUAUGGUGUCCGGGCUACGACUGAACAAUGUUCUGGUGCUCUUAUAGUUAUGUCCAUCCAGGCAAUCGUUGGAGUUGUCAUUCAGGCAUGUAUGGCUGGAAUAGUAUUUGCUAAGUUCACUAAACCCACAAUGCGAGCAGAGACGAUCUUGUUCAGCAAGAAUGCCUUGAUCACGCUCAGGAACGGUUCCUUGUUCUUGGUGUGCCGAAUAGGGGAUCUCAGACCCACCCAUCUUCUAGAGUCUCACAUAUCUGGUCAGAUGGUUAAAAAAGAAGUUACCGAUGAGGGAGAGGAGAUCCCCUAUCAUCUAGAGAGAAUGGAGUUUGGUACAGAACUGGAUGGAACUCAAGAUUUCUUCCAAAUGUUUUGGCCCAUCACCGUUUCUCACAAGAUAGACGAAGAUUCACCGUUGUGGGAGAUGUCUGCUAGAGAUAUUGGACAGAAACAGUUUGAAAUUAUUCUCACAAUGGAGGGUAUUACACCAGAAACUGGGAACACUAUUCAGGUUCGAACUUCCUACUUACCUAAUGAGAUAGUCUGGGGGUACAGGUUCGAGCACUGCUGUGUAUCCUACGACAAGCAGGUUGCAAAGUACGCCGUUUCCUUAACAGCGCUCAAUAAGUUUGUUCAGGAUAAAACGCCCAGGUGUAGCAGUAAAGAGUGGGAGGAAAACAAAUUAAAGCAAGCAGCUCUUUCUGCAGAACCAACCGCUCUUUCUGCUGAACAAGCUGCUCUUUCUGCAGAACCAACUGCUCUUUCUGCUGAACAAGCUGCUCCAUCUGCUGAGCAGAUUGAUCAGGAGCUGGAACCGGAGCAGGAGAAAAAAUUGACGAAUGAUGUUAUUGAUGAUGAAUGUGAGAGAGUGAAUGAAAGUAUUGGAUUGCUAGAUGAACAAAGAACCGAUUCUAAUAAAUAUCGAACUCAGGCAGAAAUAUUUACUUUCGAAGAAUCAUAACAGCCACAGUUCAGACCUUUCCCCUCAGAGAUUCUUAUUUAGGACAAGGAAUUCAAUCUUUGCAACCCACGUCGUAGACCUUGGAUAUUUCCUUUAUGUAAAAUAAUCGGUGUUAGGUCAUUUCCCCAGCACAACUUCCCCAACACAAUUUCCCCAGUCACAACUUCCCCAACAGAAAUUUCCCCAGCCGCUAAUUUCCCCAACACUAACUUCCCCAGUCACGAAUUUCCCCAGCAGCAACUUCCCCCAACCGCUAAUUUCCCCAACUCUAACUUCCCCAGUCACUAAUUUCCCCAAUAACAACUUCCCCAACACCAAUUUCCCCAUGCAGUAAAAUUCUUAAUUUCCCCAACAGUUAUCAGACUCCUUCACAACGGCUGUUGCUACACAUUUUGAAUGUUUCCUUUUCUCCACACAGUUUCAGAAUGAUUUAGAUUUGUCCCUUGACAUUGAUUGUAGGUUGUACUCAUACUUAUUGGGAUCCACCAGAACAUUUCUCUUCUUCGAGGACAGUGUAUAAACUGCCAAAAUUGUCGACUCUAAUCCAACUGAUUUUUUCACAUUCAAAAAGUUGCGAAUUUUUAUUUUAAAAUUGCGCAUUUGUUCAUUGGAAUAAUGUUAAAAACGGAAAUAUUUGAUAUUUUACUGCAUGGGGAAAUAGUUGUUGGGGAAGUUGCUGUUGGGGAAAUUAGUGAUUGGGAAAAUUGUUGUUGUGGAAAUUGGUUGUUGGGGAAGUUGCUGUUGGGGAAAUUAGUAAUUGGGGAAAUUGUUGUUGGGGAAAUUGGUUGUUGGGGAAAUUGCUGUUGGGGAAGAUGUCUCGGGGAAGUUGUGACUGGGGAAGUUGCACUGGGGAUCUAACCUAACACCAAAUAAUCUAAGUUGAAAUGUCAAGUUGAAAAGGAUAAGAAAAUCAGAGUUUUUGGAAAGACUCAAUUUCUUAAUUUUAUUUGUGCACUUUUUCUUCAUCUGCUAUAUUCACCAUUAUUACAUUAUUUUUACUAAUAGUUUUUUUUUUGACAUGCUUUUGUCAUCAUUUUAUGUUUACCAUGAAGAUUUAAAGAGACUGUUAACUGUAUUUCAAGUUAGAAUCAUGCAUUUAAAGAAGUGCCAUGCUUUAUUUUCAAUGAGAAUCUUUAAAACGUUUCAUGUGUAAAAAUUAUAAAAAUACAAUUUGUCACCUGAAAAUUGAUAGUUUUCUAUUGUGGUUUCAGACUGAUUCAGCAGAAUACGAAGGAAAUUAAUAAAAUUGAUCUUUUUUUAAGAUAUGAACAAAACCAAAUCAUUGUAAUUCAUAUAAAGGUUGUAAAUGUAAUUGUACAUUUGGGAUCAGGGCAUGUGACUCUUUAAAUUUAGAACCACUUAAAAUACUGUCAAGAGUCCCUUUAAGAACAGUGUUUGUCCACAAGAUAUAUUGGCUUUGAUCGGAAUUUAUGCUCUCACUGCUGCUGGCAUCUUAACUUUAAUAGUCCAACAUUUCCUUCACAUUCUACAGGGAAUAUAAUUGGGAGGAAAAUAGGAGUCCAGUAGGAGAUAUUUAUCAUUUACCAUUGGAGUACCAUUGGAGUACCAUUGGAGUACCAUUGGAAUACCAUUCAAGUACCAUUGGAGUACCAUUGGAGAGUCAUAAGGUGUUCCAUUGGAGUACCAUAGGAGUACUAUUGGAGUACCAUUGGAGUACCAUUAGAGUACCGUUGGAAAGCCAUGAGUUGUUCCAUUGGAGUACCAUUGGUGUACCAUUGGAGUACCAAUGGAGAACCAUUGAAGUACCAAUGGAGUCCCAUUUGAAUACUAAUAAAGUACGAUUGGAGUACUAUUGGAGUUAUAUAAGAGUAUGCAGUGGAGUAUUAAUGAAGUACCAUUGGUGGUACUAAAAUGGUACUUCAAAAGUAGCAUUACAAUGUCCAGUAGUAGUUUAAUUGGAGAAACAUGAGUAUCAUUAAAUUUCAAUUGUAGUUCCAUUGCAGUUCCAUUAUAGUAUCAUUGUAGUUCCAUUGUAGUACCAUUAGGGUACCAUUUGAUUGCUAUUAGAGUAGCAUAAGACUAAAAUAGGAGCACUUGUGGAGUAUAAUAGGAGUACUAGUGGAGUACAAUAGGAGUACACUAGUGGAGUAUAAUAGGAGUACUAGUAAAGUAUAAUAGGAGUACUAAUGGAGUACAAUAGGAGUACACUUGUGGAGUAUAAUAGGAGUACUAGUGGAGUAUAAUAGGAGUACACUAGUGGAGUAUAAUAGGAAUAUUAGUGGACUAUAAUAGGAGUACACUAGUGGAGUAUGAUAGGAGUACUAGUGGAGUACAAUAGGAGUACACUAGUGUAGUUAAAUAGGGGUGCACUUGUGGAGUAUAAUAGGAGUACACUAGUGGAGUAUAAUAGGAGCACACUAGUGGAGUACAAUAGGAGUACUAGUGGAGUAUAAUAGAAGUACACUAGUGGAGUAUAAUAAGAGUUUUUAUUAAAAUAAACUGAACACUCGGCUCAAACUGUACUUGCUUAAUCCUUAUAUUUUGUGACCUGAUAAUGUAGACUUUGCUCAGUUGAAAUUCUGCAAGAUCAAACAGUCAAAGUUUAAAUUAUCAAAGGUAGCAAAGUUACAGGAAUUAGAAAAUUAGAGUUAAUGUUCUACUCGUUACAUUUACGACUCCCCCCCCCUCACCACCACCACCAC